AUGUCACCACUCGCUUCUUCUCCGACUGCAAGGCUACUCGGCUCUGGACGAAACGGCGCCGCGGCAAUUCUUCUGUCCCUAGUGCUUCUUCUUGCAACACCGAUUACCACACCCCCACAAGCCGCUGCGACCGCUGUUUCCGCUGGAAACUCGAGGACCGCCGCGGCAGCGCUCCUAGCACGAUCCGCAAUCCCCGGGCCAACACCCAUCGCCAACAUCCCCCUAUUCCCCGCCGCCUCCCCCGCCACCGCCAUAAACGCAGGAGCUGGCGGGAGUGACGGCUCCAUGUCACCGCCGCCCAAAUCCCCUCCCGCCAUGACUCGUGGCGGAACGGCAGGCGCGGUCAGCUUGGAGCGCGCACCGGUAGGGGCGGAGAUUCUUCUGAACGCCGUGAAGGCCGCGGGGCUGCGCGCGCGCGCGAGCGCGUGCGUGUUUGAUGCUGAGAAGCGGACAUUCGAGCUGGUGACGGGGCUGAGUACACUAAUUGCGCUCAACGCGACGGACGCGUGGGCGCCUCCCAUAGGUCGGAAGGUGCUGACGAACGACUGCCAAUUCUUGAUUGACGCCACGUGUCAGGAUGUCACGCCCACUGGCGGAUGCGACGACCACAACGAAUGCACGACUGAUACGUGUGUGCCUGCCGACCCAGCCACAUGUUUGCCUUAUCCUGACUGCCUCUUAGCGGGCCCGUCCUGUUCCUAUACCGCGUCCCCCAGUAGUGAAACGAACCCAGCUUGCAUCGCGCCGCCAACUCCCCCGUCUGCGCCUAAGGGCUCAGUUUCGUCCGCUUCCACCAAUGUAUCCGCGGGCGGUGGCGGAAGCGGGGACGAGGGGGAAGACGGCGGAAGCGGAGAAGGCGAGGGGAAAGACGGGGAAGGGGGGAAGAACGCGGGAAGUGCGGAUUCGGAUGCGGAGGGGGGAGAGAAGGGGGCGAGCGGGGAAGGGGAGCAAAGCGGCUCAGACGACACGUCUGCUUCGGUUGGCGGCGAUGCUUCUAACGAGGAUGAUACCGGAGAUAAUAACGAGGACGGGUCAGACGACACUAUCGAGAUCGUGGGAACCAUUCCGCCGCCUCGCAGCGCGUGCAUCUUCAUCCCCCAAAAGAACCGCUUCAUGAUCCGCUUAAAGAACCGCUUCCGCGUCCGCCUCUCCGCAAGCGACGCGUGGGCGCCGCGGCCCGGGCAAGUCGCCAUGACCGGUAAUUGCCGGUUUAUAAUCGACUCGGCGUGCGGGGUGGUGGGGAGGCCGGGGGGGUGCGAUGACGGGGACGAAUGCACGGACGAUUACUGUCUAUGGCAGGGCGGGAAUAACACUAUCGGGAGCUGCACGCCCUUCCCGUCGUGCUUCUAUGAGAGCGCGCGGUGCGAGAGGCGGGUGAAGGAGGAGUGCGUGGGGGGAGUGGAGGGAGGAGCAGGGGGAGGGGGAGCGGGAGGGGGGCAAGUGGGGGAUGGGGGGUUCGCGGCGGGUGGCGGAAAGGGGAUUCGGACGGUGACUAGUGCCGGUGCUGCCGUGAACGACCCUUACUCCGACCCUUCAGAUCAGGAAUGGCCGAACUUCCAGAUCUACCCCCCAGCCAAAACAGGCUCGGUGGUGGAAGCUUCACAGAACCUUUCCUCAGGCGCAGAGGGGGGAAUCUCCAGCGCAACCGCCCCGACCACCACGCAAGACGUGCUGCGCACGCUUUCGCAGCCUAUCCCCUUUACAGACACCUCCGUUUCAGGAUCUUUCAACGUGUACCAUUUCGGCGCCCUGGGCGACGGGCAGAACGACGAUGGCGAGGCUAUCGAGACAGCUUUUAACGAAGCAUGCAAGUGGGCGCGGCAGAACAACGCCAAAGCCACCGUCACCAUUCCCGCUGGAGCUGAUUUCCUCACCACCCCCAUGGUAUUCUCGGGGCCCUGUGGGCCAGGUGUCAUCUUCUUAUUGGACGGGAGGAUUUUGGCUCCAAACAUGCCCGUUUCUUCCUACCAAUCGGCUUACAGCGUGGUGGCACAUCUUUUUUUCGACCAUGUGACCGGGCUGACCAUGACGUCGUCCGGGCAGGGCAGGCAGGCAGGGAGUUUUGACGGGCAGGGGCUGGAGACGUGGCGGGAACAUUUGUCGCUUGGGCAGCCCGACUCAUAUGCCCGACCAAAGGGAUUUAUGUUCCAAAAGUGUGAUAAUCUCGUUAUAGAGCAAAUCACUGUGCGCAACCCGCCUGAGAUGCACAUCAGCAUUCAGGAGUGCAACAACGUGAUUGUACAGGAGGUGACUGCAAUGAGUCCGUACAACAGCCCUGGCACUGACGGACUGCACCUGGCCGCGGCGACGAAUGUGAUUAUAAGGAACUGCAGGAUGCACACGGGCGGCAACGGCAUCGCUAUAGUGGAUAAGAGCGCCAACAUCAGCAUCAGCCAUGUGUUCAGCUCUGCUGGCCGUGGCAUCAGCAUCUUCAAUCUCGGUCGGGACCACUUCACGGCGUGUGUAACGAACGUGACUGUAAAGAACGCGACGGUGUACGGAGGGAGGAAUGCGCUGCGCAUAAGCACGUUCCAGGGCGGCAGGGGGUGCGUCUCCAACGUGCACUUUGCUGACGUGGAGGUCAUCGAGACGACCGAACCAAUCAAAAUCGACCAGACCCGAUGCAGCGACGGCUCCUACAGCUGCAGCAGCAGCAUUGAUGCUGACGACAGUGACAGUGACGAUGCUGGUAACGCGGUUACCACCAGCAGCAGCACUAGCAACAGCAGUGGCGACGCAGUGGCGAUUACCAACGUGUCGUUUCGCAACAUCUACGGCACGAGCAACCACACGCACGGGAUCUACAUCCGCUGCAGUGACACCGUGCCAUGUGUCGGCGUCUCAUUCGCCGACAUCAACAUCACCCCCAGCAGGAGCCUGCUCAAGGCCCGGGCGGCGGAGACUCAGCUACAGCCGGAGACGCAGCUACAGCCGGUGAUGGAAAACGUACUGGUGACGCCUGGAAGCAGCAUAAAGUCUCCCUUGGGAAUACCGGAGCUGAAAAAGGCGGUUACGGCGGAGGAGGAGGGGAGGAUACGCGCGAUGAUGAGUGUGUGUGAGUACCCCUUCCGUGUGGUUGAUUUGAAUGCUAUCCUGGCUCCUUUUCGCCAGGCUGGCGCAAAGAUCCAAUCGCAAGGUGACACGUCAGAUGGAGCAUCCAGCAAGCAGGAGGAGGAGAAGAAGAGUAGGGAGGAGACACUGAAGCGAGUGAGGGAGACGAAGAGUAAGAGGGAGGCACUGCGACAAAAGUGGGUAGAGGCAAGGAGGAAGCGAGGGGGAGGGGUGGCCAAGCCGACCCAGGUGGAUGGAGAUGGGGCUAAGGCAGCGGAAGGAAGCGGAGGAGGGAGUGAGGGAGGAGGGGAGCAAGGGGGCCAGGGCAGCAGUGGAGGCGAGUCAAGCGGCUCUAACACCCCCAGUGGGGGUGGUGAUGAUGGUGGUUCAUCUCAGGAGCACAGUGGGGCAGGUGGGUCGACUGACGGAGGAAAGGAAGAUGGCAGCCCUAGUGCUGGUGGUGAUGGUGCUGAUGGUGCUGGUGAAUCUGGAUCAGGAGAAGGAGAGCAAGGCGGGGACAGCAGUGCGGAUGGUCAAGGGGGGAAAGGGGCGGAGGGAGGAGGGGAGAAUGGAGGAAACGAGGGUGCAGGGGACCAAGGGAGUGAUGGCAGUUUUGAAAAUAGCAGUGGUGAUGGUGGUAGUGGCGGUGAUAGUGCCGGUGAUGGUGCUGGUGAUGGUGGUGGUGAUAGUGCAGAUGAUAGUAACGUGCAGGAGGAGGAGGAGGGGGGGGAGGAGCAGGAGGAAGAGAGGGGGGAGCAGGAGGAGGAAGAGGGGGAGGAGGAGGAGGGAGAGGAGGAGGGGGAGGAGGAGGAGGGGGAGGAGGAGGAGGGGGAGGAGGAGGAGGGGGAGGAGGAGGAGGGGGAGGAGGAGGAGGGGGAGGAGGAGGAGGGGGAGGAGGAGGAGGGGGAGGAGGAGGAGGGGGAGGAGGAGGAGGGGGAGGAGGAGGAGGGGGAGGAGGAGGAGGGGGAGGAGGAGGAGGGGGGGGAGGAGGAGGGGGAGGAGGAGGAGGGGGGGGAGGAGCAGGAGGAGGGGGGGGAGGGGGAGGAGGGGGGGGAGACUGGGGUGAGACCCCCCCAGCGGACUACACCGCGGACGACACCAGUGACGACACCAGCAGUGGAGGUGAUUAUAACGCGGAUGGAGGAGCAGGUGGGGGAGAGGGAGGAGGGGGUUCUAAUGGGUCGGGAAUAG